AUGUUAAGGGAACCUGUACAAAAACAGUGCAAAUUUGCUGAAAUUGACAUAUACCAAAUAUCGGCACUUGGUGAAAUUGACAUAUACCAAAUAUCGGCACUUGGUGAAAUUGACAUAUACCAAAUAUUGGCACUUGGUUUCAUCUCCAUCUUAAUUUACUACUUUUUAAUAUAUCCGAUAACCUCGCCAUUAUGGAAAGUUCCCGGCCCUUAUCUUUAUAGAAUAUCCUAUAUUCCCAGCUUGAACCAUCAAAGAAAACAUAGAUGGAUAGAGAGAGUAUACAAUUUACACCAGCAAUACGGGCCCCUUGUCAUUCUAUCUCCUAAUGAACUAAGUGUAAAUGGCUCGCAACAGUUUAUCAUUGACAUAUACUUGAAGAAUUUCCCCAAAUCCAAGUUUUACCAGAACUUCACCAACCAUGGUUCAAAAGAUAACUUAUUCGCAACAUUGACAAAUGAGAAACAUUUACAUUAUAAAAAGAUGAUCACGAGAUUGUACAGCAAGAGCGCAAUAAUGUCAAGGGAAAAUAACACGAGGGAAAUAUUGGUGGAUACCACGAGAAAGUUAGUCAAUGUGGUUCAUCAAAGCUCUGUAUCGGGUGAGCUACCGGACAUAUACUCAGUGAAACCGGAAUUUAAUCCUCGAGCAAAAAGUCAUAAACAAGAUUGGUUUAAUAAGCUGAAAAAAAACCAAAGCGGGAAAAAUUUAGGCAUUGAAGUGUAUACCUUAUUUGGUGCAUUUGCCAUGGACGUGAUCUCAAGGUUCGAAUUGGGCAUAAAUAAUGGGCUGGACUUGUUGUCAAAUCCGGUAGAAAGAGAAAUAAUAAUGAAGCAUAGACAAGUGUCAAGUAUGGGGUUUUGGACUAGUUUCAUGCCGCAAUUUUGGGUUCUUGCUGCGACGAAAUUGAUAAAAAUGGCAGCUGAUGAUAUUACCAAGUUCCAACUAUCGUUAUAUGCCAUUGCUGAAAAGAAUCCUUAUCCCACAACAAAAGGCAAGAAUAGGACUACCCUAGAAACUCUAAAAAGCAACGGACUUGAAAAAGAUUAUGCAUAUUCGUUUCUUACCGAUAAUCUAUUUGCUGACGUUAUUGAUGACUUGGAAAAAAUCGAUCAACUCCAGUUUCUCAAUUCGCUACUUUUAGAAAACUCGAGAGUACAUGCCUCGAUCCCUGGUGCAGAACCGCGAAUAGUAGACAAAGAAGAUUAUUGUGUAAACGGUAUCCAUAUCCCAUUAGGAACAACAAUAUCGUGUCUUCCCUUUGCUCUUCAUAGAGAACCCACAGUUUUCCCCAAUGCGAUGGCAUUUGUUCCUCAAAGGUGGCUACCAUACCCUCACGAACUGGAGACCACAUAUAAGAUGCGAUUAAAACAACAAAAUAAAUUCAUGAUGCCCUUUGGGAAGGGAAUUAGAAUGUGUUUGGGAAUGAACUUGGCUCAGCUCGAAAUAAAGCUUGUUAUAGCCAAUUUAUACUGGCACUACUCAUCUCAACUCGAUCCUGAUUGGUGUCACGUGACUCAAGAUAAUACACCCAUCAAGUUAGGUAGCAAAUGGCAAGGCUCAAAUAGAACAGAUCAAGAAAUGAUGUGUAUGAACGAUGCAUAUACUACGAACCCGGUGAAUGAUGAGUGUUGGUUGCGUUGGUUUGAGCACGACACUAGCGAGCAAAGCGAGAUAGUGGAGCAGCACUGA